ACAAUAGAGGAAACAACGCCAGUCUCUGCGACUCUCUUAAGCAGGUUAAGAAGUAGGUACUCAAAAGAGGUAAGAUUUAUUAUGCGGUGGAUCUGGGGAAGGAAUUUGAGACAGCGCAGGCCGGAAGUUGAGGUGGUUGCUGAUGUUGUCGGCAAACAGAAAGCGAGAAAACGGCAGAAACAAGCAGCGUAUUGAAACGCACACGCAAAGAGAGAAAUAUCGGACUCUUCGCCGCCCGAACUCCCCAUUCCGCCUUCCGUCAUGGCUUCCAACUCCAACAUAGAUAUCGAGGAUGCAACCCAACACCUUCGGGACAUCUUGAAGCUGGACCGGCCCGGGCAUAGCGGUGAGGAGACAGGGAGGGGGUUACCCGGAGAGGCCGGGUGGCGCCACUGGGCACUAGGCCGCAGAAGAUGGGAUGGAUGUGAUACCUCAAGUGAAACCCCAAAGAAGUCGACCUCUUUCAACGGAGAGCUCAAUGGUUUGAUGGGAGCAGAUCUCAUAGCAGGGGGAGACAGAGCGGCCAUGUCGGAGAUAUCUAUCCAUAGCCCAGAGGACAUGAACAUGCAGGAGAAACAAACCAUCUGCCUCUCUGGAGAGGACAGCUCCACCUGCAUCAUUAUAUCUGCCAGAGAUGUGGAAAUAGUGGCAAGCCAUGACUCCUGCAUCAACAGCAAGGCCAGAGGCAGUAACAAGGUAAAAAUACAGCCAGUGGCAAAGUAUGAUUGGGAGCACAAGUACUACUAUGGGAACCUGAUAGCUGUAUCCAACUCCUAUCUCGCGUACGCUAUCAGAGGUGCAAACAGCAUUGCUAUGAUCCGUGUGCUGAACAUAGGCACUGCAGAGCGCACUCUUUUGAAGGGGUUCACUGGCGGAGUGACAGACCUGGCCUUUGCUCAUCUCAACUCUAAUCAGCUGGCCUGCGUGGACGAGGCUGGAAACCUGUUUGUGUGGCAGCUAACUGAGGAAAAUGGGAAGAUACAAGAUGAGAUUAUCGUUCACGUCACGAGGCCGGAGAGCACCCCAUUGAACGGUAACAGGAGGAUCAUUUGGUGCCCUUUCAUACCAGAGGAGAACGAGGAAAAUGCAGAAGAUGGAUGUCAGACUCUGGCCUUGCUGCAUGAGGACAGGGCUGAAGUUUGGGAUUUGGAAAUCAUUAGAAGCAACAACAGCUUGUGGCCCAUGGAAGCAACUGAUUUCAAAGAAGGCUUUAUCACUGUCAAAGGACACAAUGCACGUAUCAGUGAAGGUGCCUUGUCACCUGACGGGACAGUCCUUGCCUCAGCCAGUCAUGAUGGAUGCGUCAAAUUUUGGCAGAUCUACAUUGAAGGACAGGAUCAACCGAGAUGCCUUCAUGACUGGAAACCCCACAAUGGUAAACCACUGUCUUGCCUGCUGUUUUGUGACAAUCACAAGAAGCAAGACCCUGAAGUUCCAUUCUGGAGAUUCCUGAUCACGGGUGCAGAUCAGAACCAGGAGCUGAAGAUGUGGUGCACUGUGUCCUGGACCUGCUUGCAAACUAUCCAAUUUUCACCGGAUCCUUUUAACUCCAGUGUUCUUCCAAGUCUGAAAGCCAGUUUGGACCUUUCUGCUGAAUACCUGAUUCUGACUGAUGUACAGAGGAAAGUGCUGUAUGUAAUGGAGCUGCUGCAGGACCAGGAGAAGGGCAGAGCCAGCUUCACCGCCAUCUCGGAGUUCCUGCUCACCCACCCUGUGCUGAGUUUCGGCAUCCAGGACGUGAGCCGCAGCCGCCAGAGACACACCGAGGUCCUGCCGGCCGAGGAAGAGAGCGAGAGCGUGACUGUGGAAGGAAGCCAAGGUCCUGUGGAAUCUAAAGCAGGAGUCCAGAUAAAAUUAUACUGCGUGCACACAAAGUCACUCCAAGACGUGCAGAUCUGGUUUCAGCCCCACCUGAGUUCUGGGAAUUCUACGUUUCUGCCUCCCUCUGGCUCACACGAGGACUUCAGUUUUGCAGACCAGCUGACAGACGUGAGCAUGGAAGGGUUGGGCUCAGACAAGGAGUCGGGCCGUGGCUCUCCGCAUGACCUCCGCAGGAUAUCCGACCUGCCCACUCCAGCUGACUUCCUGUCGGCUACCAGCGACUUUAAACCCAAACUCAUGACUCCAGAUGCGUUCAUGACUCCCAGCGCUUCAACCCAGCAGCAGAUCUCGGCCUCUCCCGGCAGCAGUGUGAGCACUCUGACCGCAGUAACCGGAAUGAGCAGCAAUUGUGUCGGCGACAGUGGAAUGUCCAGGACUGGUGAAGAAAUGACAAAGCUUUCCCUGGAUAGCAGCAUGACUCUCAGUAACAGCACUGACAUGCAGGGCAGCCCUCGAAACAACUCUAUACUAAUCCCUGGACUUGCUGACCAGCUGCCUUUCAAAACUGUCCAGGUGAUUCCUCCAGCUAACCCUCCCCUCUCCCUGGACCUGCAGUCCAUUGAACCCAUCCUGAUGCCCCAGGCCUCUCCAACCCGCGAGCGCUCUCCCGACGUCAUUUCCUCCGCCUCCACGGCCAUGUCCCAGGAUAUCCCCGAGAUCGCCUCCGAGACCCUGCAGCGUGGACUGGCUGCUUCGGGGGGCCUGCCUGCCGAGGUCCUGGAGCUCACCCUCCACUCGGACAGCAUGGCCUCUGCUGCCUCGGCCCUGCACCUCCUCUCCCCCAGGAACCGCCACAACUCUGAGCACAGCCACCACUCCCUGGACAUGGGCUCCGGGGAGGCGGAGCGGCUGUCCAGCACCCCCUCCCUCCUGGAGACGGCUCUCUCGCAGGAGAGCGCAGCGGCCAUGGCUGCAGCUGCAACAGACAACAGUGGGAGCCAGCCCUGGCCUGCUGCCCCUGAUAUUACCAGGGAGACCAGGAACAGCCUGAUCGACAGCUCGCGUGAGGAUGUGAAAGAAAAGCACAAGUCUUCCUCAUUCCACAGACACGCCUACCACCUCCCCCAGCACGACAGUCAGGAUGCCAGCGCAGAGCAGAGUGAUCAUGAUGAUGAAGUUGCAAGCCUUGCAUCCUCCUCAGGAAACUAUGGUUCCAAAUCCACCCACAGGCUACCUGUGAAAGAAUGGAAAUCUCCAAGGGGUUCCCCAAAAUUAAAGAGAAAGAGCAAAAAGGAGGAGGGGGAUGUUGCUCAGGCAAGGUUAUCCGAUCAUCAGAUGAGCCCUGAGCUGCAGGAGGAGCUGCUGUCCCUGGUGCGCUGUCAGCAGAGGGAGAUCUCGGAGCUGAGGCAGAGCCAGCUGGAGCUGAUGCAGAGGCUCACCAACCACAUGGACGCUGUCCAGAGCUCCAUCAUGGGCCACGUGGAGCGAGUGAUGAUCACCCAGCAAGAACAGGAACAAAGGAGAAUGGAGCGGAUCCUGGCCGAUGGGCAUGACCGCAACAGACAGUUCCAGGAGCAGUUGUCUCAGCAGCUGUCGCAGUCUCUCUCCAACACCCUGUCCAACAGGCUGGACAAGACCGUCCGGGACGAGAUGAAGAAGACUGUACCUCAGUCUAUAUCCAAGAGCCUGGAGCCAGUCACAGGUCAACUGAGCAACACAAUUGCAGCUAAACUCACCGCGGUGGAGGGAACACUGAAGGAGAACAUAACCAAAAUGGUGAAGUCAAAGAACACUACAGAUGCCAUUGGGAGAGCGGCAGCAGAUGCGUUACAGGGACCCAUCCAGGCAGCAUACAAGGAGGCCUUCCAGAGCAUAGUGUUACCAGUCUUUGAGAAGGGCUGCCAGUCCAUGUUCCAGCAAAUCAAUGACAGCUUUAAGAGUGGAACGCAGGAAUAUAUCCAGCAGCUUGAAAACCAUCUGAAAAACAAGAAGUUACAGGAGCAUGAGGUUCGGCACCCUAUGAUGGGGCAGCUACAGCAGAUGAUCGACACUUUCCAGAACUCCACGGACCAGCUGUCUUCCAAUAUCACAGCCAGCAUGCGCUCCGAAGUGCAGCACCAGCUACACAUCACAGUUGGAAACCUGCAGGACUCGAUCUUGACCCAGGUCCAGCGCAUUGUGAAGGGUGAGGUGAGCAUGGCCAUGAAGGAGCAGCAAGCUGCAGUCACCACCAGUAUCAUGCAGGCUAUGCGCUCAGCCGCUGGGACGCCCAUUCCGUCCUCGCAUCUCGACUACCAGACCCAACAGGCUAACAUCCUCCAGCUGCUGCAGCAAGGGCAGCUCAACCAGGCUUUCCAGCAGGCACUGUCUGCUGCUGACCUGAACCUGGUUCUCUACGUGUGUGAGACGGUGAACUCCCAGCAGGUUUUUGGACAGAACCCCUGUCCACUUAUCCAGCCUGUGCUGCUGUCACUCAUUCAGCAACUCUCUACUAAUCUGGCUACCAGGACUGAACUCAAAAUCAGUUAUCUGGAGGACGCAGUGAUGAACCUGGACCACGGUGACCCGGUCACUCGAGACCACAUGAGCUCCGUCCUCAGCCAAGUCCGACAGAAGCUGUUCCAGUUCCUGCAGGCAGACCCACACAACGUGCUGAGCAAGCGGGCACGGCGGCUCAUGAUGAUGCUGCAGGGGCUCAUCAACCAUGGCAUGAGCUAAACCAAGGGAACAGCACCCUCUCCGUCUGCAGGAACAGCACUGCUAGACACAAACACUGGAGACAGGGCAUGCAGUGCAGUAACCCACAGCUGUAGCAAACUAAUGGAGGAAAUGUAAUCCCUGUUUUAUAUUGCGGCCAUCUUCUUGGCAGCAAGACAUGGUGUUCUGUUACGUUUGUUGACAUUUCAUCCUAAUGUCAUAGUGAGGUUUUUUUUUUUUUUCCCCCCAGUUGAGUGGAUUGAGUUAAGCGUCAAAGACUGUACUGGGUUGAACAUGAACAGGAGUAGCACAUAUUUUGUUUAAGUUAUCUGAAUUCCUAUUUUCCAGCCAUGUGCAGUUGUAAUUUUUUUUUAAUCAUACACACAGAAUAAAAUACCUUUCACAUUUUUGCCUCUCAAGUUGCAGUACUCUAAAAGCUGUCUUGCAUUACAAAGAGAGAAGGAGAGGUGAUACCUUUUAUUGGGCUAACUAAGAAAAUAUUAUCACAAGCUUUCAAGACCUUAGAGGUCUCUUCAGGUGAAAGUAGAAAAGAAAGAUUGCACCUAUCAUUACAAAGAGAAGAAGGGUUGCCUCUGUGCAGUGUAAGGAAAAUGUCAAUUUGGGUGCAGAUUGGGCACCAACUCCUAUAUCCACUUAACCUUUUGGCUUAUAAUCACUGUUUUGUAUGUCCCAUUUAAUUUGACUUCUCAGACUGUCUCCAAUUUCUUCCUCUGAUAUGCAUGGCACAAUAUUCUGUUUCAAGUACAUUACAGUGUCAAUGUUGUGAUUUGAAGGGUUACUGGUGGUUUUAAUUUACUGAUUGGAGGUCCUGGCUGGCUGGCUUCCUUUUCCUUGUUUUCUUUGGCCAGAGAGGAGGCUAAAAACAUCAACUGUUUCAGCUGUAAUGCUUUGGGCAGACACCAGGUGGCAGUUGUUACAGGGCCAGAUUUUUUAAAACAUCCAUUGGGUAGAUAACAAUGGUGUGUGUGUGUGUGUGUGUGUACCAUCCUUCAGCUUUAUAUAAAGUAUCUAAUGUUUUGGAGCGCUUGGGUGUACUCUGGCAGUCCAAAUCCUGUACAUUAGGAGCCUGUAUGUGUGGAAUUGUGGCCUUGCUGUUAAACACAGGAAAACUAGGAUGUAAAUUGCAUUUGUCAUAGUGACUGCAUAUAAACUCUCCUGAGCUUGCCAGUGCAGUGAUGCAGCAUGGUUGUAUGUAAAUUCCUGGGGCAGAGGUCCACUGUGGGCAUUUUCUAAACAUAGCCCUGCUUUGUGGCCGUAUUGUAUAAUGUGUAAACUUUUAAAUUCUCAAUUCCUUUUAUAAUCAGUCAAUACUGUUGGUUCAGUCUUGCAUUUUUAAAUGCUUUAGCAAGUCUUCUGGAGUAUUAGUGUCUGUUACAACAGAUGGUUUUUCACCCAGGUGCCUGAAUCGUGGAGAUGCCCACCUUUUUUCCUUUCGUAUCUUGUGUACUGCAGUAUUUGAGAGUGCUGGCAAUUCUUCUGCCCAAGCCAGCAGCAUUACUUUGGUUGCAAGAUUUCUGAUUGCACAGAGACCAGCCUGGUGCUUUUUGUUCUGUUCCAGUUUUUAAAAUGUCUUAAUCAAAAUGGUAAUUUUGUCCUGACUUCUUAUUUUCCUUCGUUCAUAUGUAGAAAUGUAAGACUUAUCAGACAUCCUUGAUUGACUGACUUAAGAUGUUGUUGGUUUUUAUAGAAUCUCUUUUGUGGCUAGGAACCUCCUAAUAGUACUGAAUUUAGCAAUAUUGAAAGACACUGGAAAAGUCAUUAAAUUUGAGUUUCUUUGAGUAUCAUUAUUUUUCUGAAGCCUUAAUGGAGAUGUAUGUUUUAAUCCAAGCAGUGUGACAGGUCCUCCUGUGUGGUGUGUUUAUUUAUUUUAUUUUUUAUUUAUUUUUUUAAGUAUCUUUCUAAACUUCUCUGGUGUUAAAAUGAAAUCAAAAGGAGAUAUUUUGAGCAGAGGGGUCAAAGCUUGAAGGAUGUUAAGUGUAAGGGUUAAACUAGGUGUCUAAAGUUUUAUAAAACAAUUUUUAUUUGAAUCAGUAACGUUUGCUUCUAUUUGGGUUUUAUUCCCAAUAGAUUUGUUUUAAUGCUGCAUUUUUUUGUUUGUUUCAUUCCCAUAUGCUUGUCAGGUCUCCUAAACUGAUCCACAGUGGCCAUGGCAGAGUGGUGGGCUACUCUAGCAGUGCAAUUCUUAGUUCUGUGGAAGGUUUGCUUCAAGUCUGGGGUCGGUCAUGGUAUCUCUUACCUGUUAUUUUUUUUAUUAUUAUUAUUUGUUUAUUUAGCAGACGCCUUUAUCCAAGGCGACUUACAGAGACUCGGGUGUGUGAACUAUGCAUCAGCUGCAGAGUCACUUACAAUUACGUCUCACCUGAAAGACGGAGCACAAGGAGGUUAAGUGACUUGCUCAGGGUCACACAAUGAGUCAGUGGCUGAGCCGGGAUUUGAACCUGGGGACCUUCUGGUUACAAGCCCUUUUCUUUAACCACUGGACCACACAGCCUCCAUCCUUAUUGACAUUUAAGGGUCUUCUGUUCAUGGGGGUGGGGGGGGGGGUUAUUACGAGGGUUAUUAAUGGUGCACUUUCCAGAGUUAAUUAUUCUAAGUUUUUUAUUCUAAGAUUUACUGCUUGUUGGCACACAGGUGUCUGGUGGCAUUGCAUGCAGUUUUUUUUCUUUUGGCCUGUACCACCAGAAAGGCCCAUCUCGAUAUCCAAUAGAAGUCUGUUGAACUCUAAUGAUGUGCCUGUCCUCCAGGUAAAGUCCAGCCUGCCCACAGAGGCACAAACCUAGGCUGGGGGAAUCGGCACCUGCAGCCCAGAAACAACAUGCUAACUGCAAUGCUGUUUGACUUUUCUUUGAAGUGCAUACAACAAAUAAAGUACAAUCUGAAUACAUGGGGGGACAAAUUGGUAUACAGUGGAUGCUGCUAACCCAAAGUGAGGAUAGUGGUUUUUUUUACCGUUUAGGUUUGGGGGUGGGGCAGAACAAACAAACCCCCACACUUGUUAAAAAGCUCAGUUUGUCCAUGCUAUAGCUUCCAUUGGGGUAAACUGACUUUAGGCACAGGCUGUUGUUGCUACUGUUAAAAGGUUGGAAAUACCCAAGGUUCUUGUGUAUUUUUAUGUAUAUAAAAAAAAGUGUACUAAAACAUGUUCAGUUAAGAGAAUAUGAAGCCUGUUUUUGAGGUUUUGCAAAAGCUGGCAGUCUAGAUUUAACCAAAUAAAGAAAGUAAACUUUAAAAGUCUAGCAUGGUCUUGCAUGCCAGUUAUCGUGCAUAUGUAGCACACACAGGAUGUUUGUCUCAAGAACAUCAUCUUCUGUUCCUAUCAAUUAAAGUUUUAUACAGUAGGUACAGAAAGGUACAAUUAAAAAAUGUAAAUGGAGGUGUAGAUUUGGAUGUGUUUGGAAAAUGAUUGCCCAUCCAAAUGCAGUAUAUAUUUUUCCAUGUUCAAAAACGCUUGUUAGUUGAGUGUUUUAUUCUUCUGUCAGAUAAUGGCAAUCCCAUUGUGUUUGAAAACAUUUUACUUUUUAGUUUGUUGUGAUGGUUUUUGGAUUGUUUUCUGUUGUAAUUUUUCACUUUUUUUUUAUUAAUUUUGAAAAAUUGUUCAAUAAAAAAUUUGAAGAAAACAAAAAGAUGGUGUAUUACAAAUC